CUGAGGGGGCCCCAACGCCCCCAGACCGAGGAGCCCGGAAGUCCUCGGCCGAGGGGCCAGGAGGGGCCUGAGCGACUCCGGACUGAGAGGCCCGGACGCCCAGGACCCUGGCGAGGGGUCUGGGAUUCGGGGGUAUCCCCAGAGUCUGGUUCCGGGGAGCACCAGGCCCUUCGAUAAGGAGCUGGGGAGAGGCCUGGGUUGUGCUGGGGGCGGGGGUCGAAAAGUGAGGGAAGCCUGGAUGCCUGCCCGGAAGAGACCCUCGGGCGUUGGUUGGGGAGCCAGAGCAGAGAGUGGGUUCUGAGGAAAGGAGGGUCCCAGCUUCAACCGAGGGGCGCGCUUGAGGCUUCGGCCAUUCAGUCCAGGGGUAAAGAGACAGGUGCCUCUGCUUUUCUGUAGAUGAGGGGGCGGUAGGAAGACACCUCAGAGCUCCCUGAAGAAGGAAUGAGAAGAGUCCAAAUCUGUGAAGGAAUGAAAGACUUGAGUCCCUCUGGACGUCUAGGUAGAAAACAGGGUAAUCUGGUAUGUCGGGAUGGGGAGACACAGGUGUUUGAGGACCAGAAAGAUGACAUUUGAAGGGAAGCCCAGAGUACCCCCACUUUCUGAAAUGAUGGGAGAAUUGGCCAGGUGUCUCCUGAGGAGCGGGAGAAAUGAGAGCGUAGUCUGAUUUGAGGGUCCUAGAGAGGCAUCCACAAGAUGAAGGCUUGUCAAACCUCGACCGACGACGCAUCAGGGGAAGGCUUGGCUGUCCUGGGAGCAGAAGGAGGCCUGUAUUCCCGGUUCAAGAUGAGAGCAACCUCAAAACCACUUCACAGCAGAUACAAAAGGGGCUCUGUUUAGGAGAACCAAGAAGUGGGCUUUUUCUCCUUAACCUGGAGGGUGAGGGCAAGGGACAAACAGAUAAUUCUAGUCUUCACAGAGGAAUUCUUCCCCCCACCCCUAAUGGUUGCCGAAGUGCUUUGGAGGGGACCUUUUCAUUAAAUGUUUGGCUUUGGACCGUCUCCCCUAAUUUGUCACCCUUUUAUCAGUUAUGUGUAUUUAAUGUCUCCUGACUGGAUGAUUUUUUUCAAAAGUUAGCCACUUAUUAAUGUUUCCUUCAAACAAUGAUUGAAUAGCUAACUUGUAUUCAACUUCAUUAGAUUAGUUUGGGCCCUAAUUUGGCCUUGUCCUAAGCAGAAGUCCCUGGACGCUUUAAGUAGAUGAGCCUUCAAAGAACCCUUUUAUUACAUUGUUUCCUCAAACACAUAAGUGGUCUCCAGCAGUGACUUACCCUGAACUUCAUUUGCUCUGGCUGUUUCCCUCACAGGGGUCCUGUGUAGCCUUUGUGUUGGCUUCAUUAUAUCUGAAUCACCUGAAUGCUCGGGAAGGAAUAAAGAAGGAAAAAAAAAAAUCAAGGAGUUUUGGUCUCAAGUAUUAACUUGGAAAUUUCUGAAGAAUACACGGUCUACAAAAAUUACACUGCAGUGUGGAAGAAAUAAAUACAUUUUGGGGUUAGAAAAUUUCAGGAUAUCUGGUAUUUUAUUCUUUAUCAACUACCAACUUGUGUACCUGUCAUGUGACACUCCUGUCAUGUUUUAAACAUUCGUUUUCAGGACAAAAAAAAUGAAUUUAAUCCAAAGUAGGUCAGAUGUCAUUUGUUAAGUUUUCCGAUAGUUUAUGUAAGCAGUCUUGAAUUUGUUUUCAAGGUGUCUUUUUUGUCUUUGAAAAUAACUACAAAAUGGUUUUUACUUUUCACAUAAAUUUGACAUUUUUCUUUUAUGUGUGUUCCCCUAGACUUACAGGGAGUGCUGUAUGAUAACAAUGAAUAAGGCUCCUUCCAUAAAAUACCCAAAGGAUCAACUCACUGUCUUGCCUCAGGAGUUUUUGUUGCUAUAAACAAGAGCUACUUUUCAGUUUACACUCAGCUCAAAGAGAUGACCUUGCAGUUAGCCAGUGUAGUCUGAAGAACUGGUUUCAGGUUACUUGCUCGAAUAUGGUAUUUAGGGUAAUAAGAGAUAUUCAACCCAAACUAACUUCUCUAAAGAAUGUAAGAAUUGCCAUGUUGAAUCAGACCUGUGUCUCUGACUGACACUGAGAGACAUAGUGUGGAUGAUUAUAAUUAUCUGCUUUGAUAAACUCUCAGAAGUUUAGAGAAGCAGCCAGAACAUUCCUCUUGGGUUCCAGGUGUGGGAGGGGUAAGGAAUAAAAUAUGAGUUCCUAUUGAGGAAAGUAUUAAUCAAGUUGUUAGUCAACCACUUAUUCAGAGUGUUGUAGAGACGACUCAACCAUAGGGUAAAAGGUUGAAACUGAAAGCAUCCUACUAAUUCUUCUCUAACCCAUUAAUUCACCUGAACUAUUUUUAAAAUUUUAAACCACCUUUUUGGACUAAUAUAAGUUUGAUACAUGUUAAGAUAUUACAUCUUUUAAAUUCAUUGACUAUGUAAUAGUAACAACAGUGCUUGACAAUAAACACGUGUCCAACAAAUGUUAGCUGCGAUUAUUAUUUUAAUUCAUCCUACAUUUUUAUAGUUCAUACUUUGAAGAUGUCUCUUGCUUCAAUUAUUGUAGGAUUCCAUGGCAUUUGUAUGCUUCAUCAUAUCCUUUUUUGGCUUUUCCUAGAAUCACGGGGCCUAAUUGUUUUGGCUCUAUUGCCGGAAGCCAGCCGAAUCUGUCCAUUGCUCUUAUUUUUUUCUAGUUUUAAACCUUUAAUUUACAGAAGUUCAGAUUGUGUACUAUAUUAUCUUGCAGUUACUUUUUUCCUCUAGUAUGUGACAAUGUCAUGCAUCUCUUUCCCUUCUGUAGUUCCUUAACAGUAGGUUUUUUCCCUUUUCAUAUCCAGAGAGCUUAACUGUAUGCCCAAUGUAGAGUAGAGACUCAGUGAAUAUUUGUUGAACUGGUCAUAAUUAUGGGCAGUAAGCCUCGCAGCUUAGUCUAGCUGCCUAAGCAAAUUUAUAUCCCCUAAGAUAGAAAAGUAGAAAAUUCUAGAAGUCUUUUAGGGUAAGGCAAGUCACUACAAAAAAAAAAUGUAUUGCAUACCUGCUAUGUGCCUGAUUUCCUUAGAAAGUUUUAGAUAGACAGUUUUGUAGACAGAAGUCUGAUAUUUGAAAACUAUUAUAUUUCUGUGUCCUGGGCACUGAGCUAGGCACAAGGGAGCUGUUGAAAAAGAAAAACAAUCCUUGCCUUCCCAGGAUGUAGUCUGGUGGGGAGAGGCUGACAAAGUGAGAUGAUGGUUGUGAUCGGGGUGCUGCAGGCACUGAGGGAGCACAUAAGCUCAAGUCUAGUCAUAGAAGUCACCGAAAGCCUUCCCAAGGAAGUGAUGGUUUAAAUAAGUCACAGAAAUUUAGUAGUGACUAGCCAAAGAGGAAGGAAAAGACAAUUCCAGGUAGAAGAAACAAGUAUGAAGACUCAGGUGAAAAAAUACGGCAUGUUUGAGAAAUUGGGAAAAAUUCAAUGACAGGACCCACAAUGUGAUAGGAACUAUGAGAAAUGGGACUAGCAGGAUGGGCAGGGGAGGGAUUUGGAGGAUUUUGUAAGCCAUGCUAAGGUGUUUGCACAUUAUUCUAACAGCAAAGGGAGUCCACUGAAGGAUUUUUAAAUGGAGAAAUGGCCUGUGAUCUUGAGUAAGAUCAAUUUGCUCUGUAGAUAAUGGAUUGGAAAGCAAGACCAGAGUUUAGGAAUACUGAUGAGAAGCAUCUGGAAAUACCCAGGUAACAGUGUGGUGUCUCAGAAUAUGGUAGUGGCAGCACAGAUGUAGACUGGGAGAUGGUUAAAAGAGAUAUAUAGGUGAUAGAAUCGAUAAAGGAGUUGGUGGUUGAUUGGCUUUAAAAAGAGAAGAAAGAGGAAUAAAAAAUAACUCCUUAGUUUCUGGCUUGAGCAAAUGGAUGGAGGGUAGCGCCAUUUACUGAGGGAGGAAAUACUGGAGCAGGUUUGAGAGGGUACAUGAGUUAAAUUUAAGGUGUCUACAAGAUAUUUUUAAGAGGCUUUUGGAUAUAGGAGGUGUAAAAUUCAGGUACAAAGUUUGAAUGUGAGAAUCAUAAAGGGCAGAAGUACAAGUCAGAUAUAGGAAUUUUAACUAGGUCAAAUACAAACAAAAAUUGAUUGACCCAAACUUCGUCAGUUGCCUAUGAUGAGCAGAUCUGUGGGAGACAGAAAGAUUUUUAGAUAAGUGGCAUCUCUCCUGACAGAGAGUACAAUGCAGUUAUGAAGAUAAAUUAAUUGCAAUACAGGGUUCAGUGUGAUAAACACUAGAGGAGAGCUACAAACCAUUUAUUGGGGCAGUGCAGAAAAUAAAAUGGUUAGGCAGUGGCUAUGUAGAGGAGUGGGCUUUGAACUGGGCCUGAAGAGAGAAGGAGAUGAGGGAGAAAGGAGUUUGGGGCUUAAGGAAUAACCAAGUACAAAAACUUGAAAGUAUAUAUUCAGAAUAGAGUGGGUGGUUGGUAGGGCUGGAGUUUAAGAUUCUUGGGAUAUUAUAGUUACAGAUAAGACUGUAUUUUGGGGCCAAAUGAGGGAGACUGAGUGCUAUGCUUAAGUAUGUGUAUUAUAGGCAGACAAGUGCUGUGGGAGAGCUGAGAUGUGGAUUUAGUCAUCCGACUACCAGUUACAUACACAAACUUGCAUCCAUUGUGUGCCUACUCCAUUCAGUGCAGUCCUAGUCAUCUUCACAUACAUCUAAGUAAAUACAGUGCUCUUAUCUAUACUCUCUUAAGUGACUCUCUUUUCAACUGUGAAGACUAACAGCUGCAGAUUAUCCUGUGGCCCUUUUGAGUUUUUUGAGUUACUUUAGAGUCAAGAAACAUGGGGUGCUGGACACUGGUUUCCCCAGCAGUUCUGUAGGGUAGAUGUUAGGUGAGCUCAUCUCUCCAUUCAGUCUGAGGCAAAGAGGUAUUAAGUUCCUAGAGGUCAUACAGUUGGAUUCAGCAUUUAUUAAGCAACUACACAAUGCAAGUCAUCUUUCUCUUCCCAUAUAUUAAUAGCUUAGUUCAGUUAGUCAGCAGAUACUUAUAAGAACUCACAAAGGAUAGAGUACUUGAUGAGGUGUAAUAGCUGGUUGCAAAGAAAAUAGAUUCCUACCUUCUAGGAGUUUACUGUUUGGGAUGGAACUAGCGGUGUGCUGUAAACCAGCUCUCUAGAAAAAAAAGAAACCCAAAAACUUGAUCUGUAGUGCUUGCCAAUUUCUGUGGUGUAUAUACUGCCAAUCACUGAUUUUAAAUGACCAACUUGACGUCACUAAACUUGGAGUUAGGGAGAGACAUGCGCAAUUGGUUCUCAGGAGCUGAUAGAGCUGGCUUCAGCACCCUAUUGGAUGAAUCACUCAUACUAAGAAAACCUAUAAUAGCAAGUGAGUACUGAGGCAUUUCUGGAAAGAUCAGAGCCUAAUGUCAGCCCCUUUCCAUGUUCCCAUCCUUGAUCUCCAGGGUGACCCUUGGAAUUGGUAGUCAUUAUCUUGGUGUUCCUUUCCUAUGGUUGUCAUCUUUUCAAACCAGAGGAAAUUAUUGGUGCUUCUUGUUUCUGACAGCAGACUCAGCUGUCUGACUUCAUGUGAAAGAUGGCUAAUGCGGAAGUGAGUGUCCCAGUGGGGGAUGUGGUUGUGGUACCCACUGAAGGAAAUGAAGGGGAGAACCCUGAAGACACUAAAACUCAAGUGAUCUUGCAGUUACAGCCUGUGCAACAAGGUUUGUUUAUCGAUGGACACUUUUACAACAGGAUUUAUGAAGCUGGGUCUGAGAACAACACAGCAGUUGUAGCAGUAGAAACUCACACGAUACACAAAAUUGAAGAAGGGAUUGAUGCAAGCACUAUAGAAGCAAAUGAGGACAUGGAAAUUGCUUACCCCAUAACUUGUGGGGAGAGCAAAGCCAUUCUCCUCUGGAAGAAGUUUGUGUGUCCAGGAAUAAAUGUGAAGUGUGUCAAGUUCAAUGAUCAGUUGAUUAGCCCCAAGCAUUUUGUUCAUCUGGCUGGCAAGUCCACCCUAAAGGACUGGAAGAGAGCCAUUCGUCUGGGUGGAAUCAUGCUCAGGAAGAUGAUGGACUCUGGACAGAUUGAUUUUUACCAGCAUGACAAGGUUUGCUCCAAUACCUGCAGAAGCACCAAAUUUGAUCUUCUGAUCAGCAGUGCAAGAGCUCCAGUGCCAGGACAGCAGACAAGUGUGGUGCAGACACCCACCUCGGCCGAUGGUAGCAUCACACAGAUUGCCAUCUCAGAAGAGAGCAUGGAAGAGGCAGGGUUGGAAUGGAACUCAGCUCUCACUGCUGCUGUCACCAUGGCCACAGAGGAGAGCAUGAAGAAAGACUCAGAGGAAAUUUCAGAGGACACUUUGAUGUUCUGGAAAGGAAUAGCUGAUGUAGGGCUGAUGGAAGAGGUUGUAUGCAAUAUACAGAAGGAAAUAGAGGAGCUACUCAGGGGGGUUCAGCAGCGGCUCAUCCAGGCUCCCUUCCAGGUCACAGAUGCUGCUGUUCUCAACAAUGUGGCACAUACAUUUGGCCUAAUGGACACAGUCAAGAAGGUUUUGGACAACAGAAGGAACCAAAUAGAGCAGGGAGAAGAGCAGUUUCUUUAUACUCUGACAGACUUGGAACGCCAGUUGGAAGAGCAGAAGAAGCAAGCGCAGGAUAACAGGCUGAAAUCCCAGACAGUUCAAAAUGUGUUACUGAUGCCUGUGAGCACUCCGAAGCCCCCCAAAAGGCCCCGGCUCCAGCGGCCAGCCUCCACCACCGUCCUGAGCCCAUCUCCACCUGUCCAGCAGCCUCAGUUCACAGUCAUCUCACCCAUCACCAUCACCCCCGUGGGUCAGUCAUUUUCCAUGGGCAAUAUUCCAAUGGCCACCCUCAGCCAGGGCUCUAGUCCUGUGACUGUCCACACACUGCCUUCUGGCCCUCAGCUCUUCCGCUAUGCCACAGUGGUCUCCUCGGCCAAGAGCAGCUCACCAGACACAGUGACCAUCCACCCUUCGUCUAGCUUGGCACUGCUAAGCUCUACGGCCAUGCAAGAUGGGAGUACCCUGGGCAACAUGACCACUAUGGUGAGCCCUGUGGAGCUGGUGGCCAUGGAGUCUGGCCUGACCUCAGCAAUCCAGGCUGUGGAAAGCACUUCAGAGGAUGGGCAGACCAUCAUUGAGAUUGACCCAGCCCCAGACCCAGAGGCUGAGGACACCGAGGGCAAAGCGGUCAUUUUGGAGACAGAGCUGAGGACUGAGGAGAAAGUUGUGGCUGAGAUGGAAGAACACCAACAUCAAGUCCACAAUGUGGAGAUUGUGGUCUUAGAGGAUUAACUGGGCUGUUGGGACCAGGAGAUAUGUUUUGGUUUGAGAUUUUAAUUAUUUGUUUACUUUUAUUGUCCCACUCAUUUCCACACAGGAUCCUUUUUUGUUUUUAAAAAAAAACAAAAAAAUCUCAUUACUGUAACUGAAAAUGUUGGGUCCCUCCCACCCCCUCAUUGAAAAAUGGACAAAAACAAGCUUCCCUUCCAGAAGCUGAGAGUAGGUCACUCAAUGUUCUAAUCUUCUUAAAGCGAGAAAGUUAUUUCUUUUAGGGAGGCAUCAAGAUAACCAGAAACCCUAUCCAGAAAGCCCUUUCCAGGACAGUCUGUCUGUGUACACAUGUGGUUUUAUUCUCAUAUAGAGGUAUUGACCAAACUCUGGAACACAGAUCUGACACUGGAAGGCAACCCACUCACACAUGGAUGCAGAAGGAUACUUUAUUUUGUAUCCUGGAAAAGGCCCUCAGAGGCCAGUGCAAAACUGAAACAAAAGAAAGUUGCACUCUGCUUGGAAGGGAACUCUGCUGCUUGGAGCAGCAGCUUAAAAAGGGAAGUGCUUUGGCCAGGAUGGAGCAAAGAAAUGCUUACUCCCAAAAGUGCCACUGAUGCCUCUUGAUAUCGCUAAGAGUUACCAUCAUGGGAGAGGCCAGUGAUAAGUGGGAGGGUACAUCUCCAUGAAGCAAGGAGCAUCAGGGGCCCGUGGCUUUGCAGAAAUAGAAGUCCAGGGAUAUCACAGCUGUGCUUUGGGAUUCAAGCCAACAUUGCCCCCACACUUGGUCAAAGCAUUUACCUUACUAAACUAGGAUCAAUCCAUUCAUUUGCGAACUGUGUGAUGUGGUGUAAAUUGCUUUGGUUCUUGGACUGUGGCUGUUGUGGAAGCGGGGCCUCCAAGGCCAUCAUUUUUAUUGCAUGAUUCCAGAAGCAGGGAAGUUCCUCAACCAGACCAGCUGCCCUUUUUGGUGGGGCCUGUUUUUGGCUUUGGAACCAAAAGCAGCCACUCAUUUGGUGCUUCCUCUUGUUCUACCCUCCAUCUUUCAACUGUUAAUGGCAUCUGUCUCCUGGAUCCCAUGCUCUUCAGCUUUUUGGCUGAUUUGGAGAACAGUGACAGGUGCCUGCCUGCCUUCAUCCCCUUUUAGAUUCAUUUAUACCAUUUCUACCACAGAUAUUUCUGUGAGAUAUUGAGCUCAUAAAAAAAACCUUAGACUUGGCAGGAAGACUCAACACCCCCAGUUUAUCCUGAGGGACUGAGUAGAUGUCUCCUCCUGAGUGAGCUGAACUCCCUGGGAAAGAAGCACUAUCUGCAACAUUAUAUUAUAGGAAAUGUACCAGGAAUGUCAGUAAUAAUGUCUUUGGGGUCGGGGCGGGAGGGGUUUGUUUUUGUUUGUUUGUUUGUUUUCUUGGUAGUGUUGUUUGUAUAUUUAGAGCUGGGUCAUUUUCUGUGCUGUAAUUCCUUCUCUUUGACCAUCUUCAGUGUUUGGGGCAAGUGUGGAUCCUGGUUUUUAUUUCUUUGGUUGCAUUGUUUACUGCAGUAGGGAAAAUAUAGGGAAACUGCAGACAAUUUAAAGGAAAAAUAGGUCAAAAAAGAAAGCACACAUCUGAGGAGUGGGAGUUUUUUGUUUUUUUUUUUUUAAAUUAAAAGCAAAACUUUGACUUGUAGUUUCCUUUUUUUUUUUUUUUUUAAGAAGACACCCACCUGAAGCCAUGUUUCUUCCAACAGAUGUUGGAAACCCUGUUGUCAAGCAAGUGAAAACUGAAUUCUGCCAUCCUUCAGAUGGCUGUAUAUAGCUGGAGAAGCCCUCUAACUUGGGAGGGUCAAUCUUAAAAGCCUUAAAGGUGAGAUUUCUGAACCCCAUACAGUUGUGGUUUUCAGCUUUAAAAUUGUCUGGGGUUUUAUUUUUCUUUUCAAAAUAUUUAAUAGAUGUAGCAAUCAGCUUAGAACAGAACUUUGGCCCCCUUACAGAUCUUUAGUGAGGAAAGUGGCAUUUAUUUCUUGCUCCUUCACGUUUCCUGUUGGUACAUAAACAAAACCAAUACUUCUGUCUAAGCCUAAAACUGCCACUUGAACCUAGAAGGGACAUCAUCCCUAUUGUGGGUUUUAGAGACACUUUUCUCUUUCCCAGAGACAAAAGUCCCAAUUCAGGACAGAGGAGGAGCCCUGGAGAACACCUACACCCUAGCUCAGGUCCCUUUCUUCCUUUUGUCAGAGCUGUGGUAGUGUGAAUAUUGUGCUUCCAAAGUCAAGAGAUCUCUUCCUCCUAAAGACUGAGCCUGUUUACUCUCACUUUCUAAAUAUUCUGGAAAUUCACGAGCUUUGUUGUUUUCCUGGUCUUCCAAUAGCCUGUCAUUAUUGCUAGAUGCUAUGGCACCCAUUGUUGAGUGGGGGUUCCCUCACAGCCCUGGUUUAGAUGAUCUCAAAUGGGGUGACACAUGCAAGCCAUUGGUGUGUGCAUAAGCAUUUGCAAUGAAUCAUUCCUCAGGCUGACUUGGCAGUAGCCAUCUUUCUGUUCAUUCAUUAAAUAAACAUUUAUAAGUACCAUCUAUGUGCCAGGCUUUGUGCUAGGCACUGGCAGUACAGAGGUGAAAGUAUAGUGUCUGCACUCAAGAAAUUCGUACCCCAGAGGUGGUCUGGAGUUAACUAUAUUUCAAUACAAUCGGUUCCCUUUGUAAUCCUAUGUAUUUUAUGCAUUGAAAAGCAUUAUUCCGAGAAUUGGUCCAUAGGUUUCAUCAGACUACCAAAGGCACAAAAAGGUUAAGCCUUUCUCUAGUGAGAUACUGAAACAGAUCAUCAUAUUGGGGUAAGUGCAUGAUAGAGCUCUUGGCUGUGAGCUGAGAAAAAACAAAGGAUCAAGCACCUAACCCAUCUUGGGGGCAGGGGUCAGCAAGUAUGGAAGUACUUCCUAGAGAAGGUGUGUCACCAAGCUGAUUUAGGAGAGACCAUUUUUGGCUAGUUUUUUUGUAAGCCAUUUUCAAGUAAUUGGGCUUAUUAAUACAAGAGGAAAAAACAAAUCCUUAGUCUCUUAAUGUUCUUGCCUCUAGGGCCAGGUAGAGUCAGCAGCAUGGGCAGUCUCUAAGAGUCCCCCCACUGGAGAGUCAUGUGUUGGCUUCUCCAAGUUUCCAUCAGACGAAUCCCGUGCAGGACUGGAGUUUAGCUGGUGGAAGGUAAAUGCUCAAAAACUUCCUGUCACGUGGUUUCCACAAAGGCCUUAGAGUCAACUGUAUAACUGUCUCACCUCGGCCAUGUCCCUGUUUGGCCCCUUGUUCUCUUCCCUUUUUCAAUUUUCAGGCUCCAUCCCUGCCCCCCUGCCCCCUCCAAACAAAACAAAAACAUUCCCAGUUAUUCUGAAGUAAAAAAAUGGACAAUAGACUUGAAUGUUCCAGAUUCAAAGCCACUUCAUGUGGAGUUUCUUUUACAUAUCUGCCCACAUUAGGGAAGAAGGACCAAUCCUAAUCCAUAUACCUUGGAAAUUAAUAUUAGUUCAGGUGUUAUGACACUGUUUAGUGGUAGCAUUUAAUCCCAUUUUCAUAAAAGGCACUAAAGGUAAGUUUGUAUGGUGGGAAGUAUAGGUAUUGGUAACAUUUGAUU